UUCAGCCAGCACGGCUCCUUAGGCAUUCUGUGAUGGUUCCUAUAUAGUAAAAAAUAAAUUAAAAAAGAUCAAUUUGUGUUUUUUAAAUUGUGUGGUGACCAACUAUUUUUAACGAAUAUGCAAUUGUGUAUUACUGGCCAGUGAGAAUGCGGCUGUAUAUGUUGGUGAUCUUUGUGGGUUUGAUAUCUCCAUACUCAACUACCAAUGGUGAAUCAGCAGAUAUACUUACAACAAUAGCACCUUUUCCUAGUGUGGCGCCAUGUUCAUCGCUUCGUCCUGGUGACGUAGACUUCCAGACUGUCGACCUGAUUGCUGUGUACAGGCUCGACAGACCCGGUACUGCUGGAGUAUCGCUGGUACAAGGCUCGCAGGAUUUGCAAAGAGCAUACAGAAUACGAAAUAAUGCUAAUUUGACAUUACCUCUGCAACAAGUGUUCCCCAACGGCCUACCUGAGCAUUUCAGCGUCAUCGGCACCUUCAACAGUCGCGGACAACGAAGACCAUGGAGUCUCAUCAGAGCCCGUUCCAAGAGUGUACAGUUCUCAUUAACGCUGCUGCCAAAUGCGAAGAAACUUUCAGUUUUUGUGCAUGGUAAUAGGGUUGUGUUUGGAAGUGAAGAGUUGUUUUCACCUGGUUGGCAUAAAGUACAUAUGGCUGUCACAAAUGACACAGUACACGUGGCUGUUGAUUGUAUAGAGUUAAGACCGGAGAAUAUAAGUGCGCAUGACUUCACGAAUGCUACAAUUGUCACCAUAGCAUCCAAUGAAGAUGGGACUCCAUCUCCGAUCGAUCUACAGUGGCUCUCUCUGAGUUGUAACCAUUACAACCUUACUAGGGACAGUUGUGAAGAACUGGAGGAACCUGCAAAUCUCAUUGAAUCAUCGACGUUACAGAUUGGUUCGGGCUCCGUGUCAAACGUUAAUCCGAUAUUAGAUGUUGUCUGUAAAGGAUCUUGUCCUGCUGGACCUAUCGGACCACCGGGUCCUAAGGGGGACAUGGGCAUUAGGGGACCUCCUGGUCUACCGGGUAUUAGGGGACAAAAAGGCCUAGCUGGUUUGACCGGCGGGCCAGGAAUUAAGGGGGACAAGGGGAACAUAGGUAUACCGGGAAGGCCUGGACUACCGGGGAGCACAAACAAUACUGUCACAGUAAAUGGACGACGGGGACUACCAGGGAGACAUGGACCGAAGGGAGAGAAAGGAAACAGCGGGGAGAAAGGUGAGCCGGGUGAAGCGGGCUUAGUCGGAUUAUCAGGCCCGCCGGGUGUGGACGGCCGGGAUGGCCUGCCUGGGCCCCAAGGCCCUCCGGGUCUGAAAGGGGAGCCUGGCCUUCCUGGUCCUGCGAACAUAAUUGACUAUAACACUUCAGCGGUGCAAGGACCGAAAGGGGAGAGAGGUGCCCCUGGAAAGCCUGGUGUGGACGGUGCUCCUGGUUUAAGGGGAAUACCAGGAUCUGAUGGAAUUAGGGGUACACCAGGUCCCGAGGGACCUAUUGGAGUUCCUGGCCCACCCGGAAGCCGAGGAUUGCCUGGCCCACAAGGACCUAUUGGAGAACGAGGACCUGAAGGAUUACAGGGCCCUGAAGGUCCCCCAGGCCGGCCAGGUCCCGCUGGGCCUCCGGGGCAAACGGCUGCGGUGACUCCCGGCGUACUGUCCGCAGGACCACCCGGCCCUACAGGUGAAAGGGGAGAAAAAGGCGAGCCUGGUAUUCCGGGAAUGCCGGGGAGGGACGGUGUGGAUGGUUUACCGGGCGUGCCAGGGUCAGUAGGUCCUCCAGGUCUACCAGCACCAUACAACGCUGUAACUCAGGUUCCUACAAUCACUGAGAAUGAAGUCAGGAGCAUUUGUGAAGAUCUUGUUAGACAGCAUUUGCAAGAGAUGAUGAUCAGUCUACCCACAUUAUCGCCUAUUGUUAAGAGAGGAGCUCCGGGCAGGCCGGGUCCUCCCGGUAUACCGGGUAGAAACGGGGAUCCGGGUGAGUCUGGACCUCGUGGAUAUCCAGGUGAGGCUGGAGAGCCUGGUAAACCUGGUAUAUCAGGAGAGAGAGGAGAGAAAGGAGAUAAAGGCGAAAGAGGGCCUGAAGGAGUAGGGUUACCAGGUUCAGAAGGUCCUAGAGGUAUUGCAGGUCCCGUUGGUCCUCCGGGAGCAGAAGGCAGAACUGGUCCUCGCGGUGAUCCAGGGCGAGAAGGACCAAUUGGACCUCGAGGCGUCCCGGGACCAAGGGCAACUUGUGAUUGUCCCUCCCCAGCUUUCUACUCUUACCCUAUGGGAAGUAGUAAGGGGCCUUAAUAUUAACAUGUAUAAAAAUAUUAGUAUUAUAUAUCUUGGAAACUUAUAUUUGUAUAAAUCCUUUACAAUAUAUUUGAAAAUAGAAUGAAUUACUUUAUCAUAAUCUAUUGUAUAGUAUGUAUA